AAUGUUUUGUUGUUAUUUUGCACGGGCAGGUUUUUGACAGCUGGUAAAUGACUUUGCCACUGCCAAUGAAUAAAAUUUGUUAGGAAAAAUAGUUUUUGUGAAAAAAUGACUGCCGUAUUACGAGUGGGCAUCGUAAGACUUUGCAGUAAAAAUACUGCACCAAGUCUGUUGAAUGUGCAAUCAGCGCUGCCUGCGGCACUAAACCAGAAAUGCUCCAUAUCGGGCAGAACAAUGCGCGGUGGACCUCGCAUACCAAAAUGUAAGCCUUAUCCAUAUAAGGAGAAGGAUUAUACUGUAUGGAACCAUUUCUUUGAUAAAACAUCAAAACGUUUAGAUGAGAACUCAAAAAUAAUUUUGGUUGAAGGUCCGAUCGGUGCAGGCAAAUCGAAACUCGCAGCAGAGUUGGCAAAGGAGUUGGACAUGUUGUACGUACCUGAAGCAAAUAUGGAUACAUAUUAUAUAAAUACAUACGGCUAUAAUAUGCGUAAAUUGGAUCCACAACUUCCAGAAAGUUGCCGCUCGUAUGACGUGGUUAAUUUUUGUAAAGAACCAAAGCAUCAAAAUACGGCCAGUUUUCAAAUUCAAAUGUACCGAUUGCGUUUCAUGCAAUAUGUGGAUGCUCUAGCACAUGUACUUUCCACUGGCCAAGGUGUUGUACUUGAUCGUAGUUGUUAUUCGGAUUUUGUGUUUAUGGAGGCAAUGCAUAAGCAUGGUUACCUAUCAGCUGGUGCGCGUUCCGUUUACAAUGAAAUUAAAGAGAAUACAAUUACUGAACUAAUGCAGCCUCAUUUAGUCAUUUAUUUGGAUUGCCCUGUCGAUGUUGUAAAACAACGUAUUAAGGCUAGAAAUUUAGAUUAUGAAGUAAAUUCAAAAGUAUUCACGGAUGAUUAUUUGAAAGAUAUGGAAUUUUAUUAUAAGCAACACUUUUUAAAAAAGAUGAGUAUACAUGCAGAACUAUUGAUUUAUGAUUGGACUUCUGGCGGUGAAUCUGAAGUAGUGGUUGAAGAUAUUGAACGUAUUAAUUUUGGUACUUUCGAAAUUGAUCGUCAUAAUAAGAAAAUGAAGGAUUGGCGUAUUCCUUUGGAAACUGAAUGGUGUGAGGCACGAACUAAAUAUACUCACGAUAAACCUGAUCUUCAUCAGUACUUUAAUAUACCAAGAUACGACGUACCAGAAUUGUUGAUUGAUCCAGAGGACUGCAAAGUGUUCGAUAAGGUCUGGUUUAGUGCACCUGGCAUGAAAUAUCGUCCAGGCUAUAACGAGGAUAUGGGUGAUACUGGUCUACUUACUAAAGUGAAAGUUCCAUAUAAUCAGCCUUACUAAAUUAUUAUUUAUGAACAUCUAACAGUGUAAAAAUAUGUGUUAAAUUUAUAAUUGGUUAACGAAAUAAACACAACAUAGUAAAAAAAAGCAAAA